AUGAAGAAUUUUUCAGUUCCUGUGCAAGCUAAUGAAUAUCAGACUGAAAGUCUUUUUCCUCAGCUUGUCCUGAAUUUGACAAAUAAGUCAGAUCCAGUUGGAAGACAAGAAAGAGAUGAGCAAUUAGCUCAGUUAGAGAUUGCUGUGUUGGGAGUAAUAUUUAUGACAGCAUCUGUGGGCAAUUUUAUUCUCAUACUGGUACUGUGGAGGAGAAGAAAGAAGUUAUCUAGGAUGUAUGUAUUCAUGCUUCACCUGAGCAUAGCAGACUUAGUGGUAGCAUUUUUUCAAGUACUUCCCCAACUAAUAUGGGAUAUUACAGACGUUUUCAUAGGGCCAGAUGCAUUGUGCAGAACUAUCAAAUAUUUGCAGUUGUUGGGCAUGUUUGCUUCUGCUUAUAUGAUAGUGGUCAUGACAGUGGACAGAUAUCAAGCAGUAUGCUAUCCCAUGGUCACUUUCCAAAAGAAAAAGGCUCUUUGGAAUGCUGCCAUUUGCACCAGCUGGUCUAUAUCACUGCUUUUUAGUCUUCCACAAGUAUUUAUCUUUUCCAAGACUGAAAUAUCUCCAGAUAUUUUUGAAUGCUGGGGUGAGUUCAUCCAACCUUGGGGCUUAAAGGCAUAUGUAACUUGGAUUUUUGUAGCUAUUUUCUUCAUUCCCACAGCUAUCCUUACCAUAUGCCAGGUUAAGAUCUGCAAAAUAAUACUAAUGAACAUACAUGUGAAAAAAAGGAAUGAAUUUGAAGCAAUAAAUCAGAAGCAAGUCCUGCCAUUCCAAGCAAGCAGUACUAACUAUAUUUCAAAGGCUAUGAUCAAGACUGUAAAAAUGACAGUGGUGACAGUUAUUGCAUAUGUCCUGUGUUGGGCACCUUUCUUCAUUGUACAGUUGUGGUCUGUAUGGUACCCCAGUGGCGUUACUGAAGGUGCAGCAUUUACCAUUAUCAUGCUCCUGGGGAAUUUGAAUAGUUGUGCCAAUCCGUGGAUUUACAUGUAUUUUUGUGGCCACAUUCCAUAUUGUGCCAAAAAGCAGUCAAAAAACAUCUCAGCUCAGGAAGAAUCUGUGAUCACAGGCAGCAUUAAUUUGGUAGACAGGGAACCAGAAGAAAACCUAACUUGUGUAUAAAUAUACACUUCUUUUUGUUGCUUUGAUACAUUAAUUACAUUCAACUUUUAUGUGAAUAUUUUAUCCCUAUCCUUUGUUAUCUGAGGAAUGGAAUGUCAAUAUUUUGCAGUGAAGGUCCAGGAUUCAGACCCCACAGAUGACUGGGUUUCUAUAUAUGCAACCACUGAAUGUCUACAACUCUCAAUAAAAUCAGCUCCC